GACUGAUAUUUCUGUCUUUAAUAAUAUUAAUGAAUUCUCUAUUUCGACUUAUGACUGUCAUCUUAUGGCUCUCUCUUGUAGCUUUGCCUACGCUCUGCACUCAGUGCCCACAAGACAGUUCCAUUUACUGUAAGGUCUGCUGUUAAUUCGUAGUUCCAGAAGAGAUGGUAUCUUACACUUGGGGUACUACUACGGCCGAUUCAUACUUCAUAGAUGUAGUUGGGUCUUCAAGUAUCCUUUUCAGUCAUUUAUUAUAGCUGCUACAUACUGGAUUGCUAAGUCAGGCGCUUUUGUACUAGAUGUAAUCAGGGAAAAUUCAGAUGGAACGAUUCCUUGGAUUAGAAGAAUGACUUCAGGUCAGCAAGGGGUCCCUCACGCUCAUGUUCUAAACAAUGCAGGCACUAUCCUCUGGCUAGUUGAUGAUUAUGAUGAUAGUUCUAAUUACCUAGUAGAGGUCUUGAAAAUGGAUACUUCAGAUGGCAGCACAUUUUAUUAUCAAAAUUCGGCUAAUAUUAAUGCAAGCUCAACAAAGCCAACAGUAUUUAUUUCAGAUGAUGACUCCAAACUUUACUAUACUGCCAAAAAGAAAUCUCAGACAGAUGCCUUUGUUUGUGUGUUUGAUACAGCUGCUUUCAAUUCAAAGUGCUUAAUAACUGGGAAUGCUUUUCCUUAUGGCCUUCUCAGAGUUAGUGAUACUAGAAUUAUCUUCUUUGGAGUUGACAAAACAACAAACCACGGGACUCUUGCUAAUAUUGAUCCAUCUCCAUCCACUCCCACAGUAAACUGGCAGAAUCAACUGUCUAUCCCUGGGGGCUCAGCAGCAUCGAUGAACAAAGGUACAGCAACUACUAACACUGACAAAUCUAAAGUGUAUGUUGCUCUCCCAAUUGGAGCAUCCACUUCUACAACAAUGCUGACUUUCAUGGUUCUUGAUGAACCCUCUGGAAGUCUAUCAGGAGAUAUUUUUGCUUCAAAUGAAGCAGUGACAGAGAUAGAUGAAGUGUAUUACUUCUUAGACAAUGUGUAUAUUUUAGCUCAGGCUAGCAAUGCAAGACUGUUAGUAUUCAAUACAACAUCGUCUUCAUUCACUAAUAUCUUUGAAAGCACAGGAUCAGUCUAUCACGGGAUUUACUCUGAUACUAUUUCUGGAAGACUAAGACUUAUCGGAGGUAAAUCAAAUUCUCCAGUCAUAUACAAAGUUUUCCCAAUACAUUUGGGUUUAAAUGAAGAAUUCACGACAUCCUCGAUGACAAUGUCUGCGGUAACAAAUUCAUAUGGAUAUUCUGCAAGAACAUAUUCUUAUGCAGCUCAAAACACUUAUAAUCAUGAUGGCACCAGUGCAGGCCAUCCAAACAAUCCAGAAUCAAAGACUGAUACUAUUCUCUGGCAAACUUCAGUCAACAGGUUUGUUGAGCCUAUUACUGUUGAAGCAAACCCAAGCUUUGCGUUAGACACAUUCUUAAAUAUUACUUGUUCUAUUGGAACAUCCACCCCAAUCAACUAUACAUUCUCAAAUGCUGACUAUCAAAGCAGCACCGACUGGCUCACUUUCCAUGAGAACAACUUUACUCUGUCUGGAAUUCCUCCAGACAGCGGGAGCGAUAAAACCUAUAAAUACACUGUUGUAGCCAGUUGGACAACUGCUCCUUCAGGAACUACAACUACAGAGAUCAUUGUCGACGCAAAACACAAAGAAGUUACUACUGCUGGGGAUAUUGCAGAAGCUACUGCCCAAACCCAAGUAGGAAUAGCAGUAGGCAUUUCAGUGCUCAAUGCAGUAUUAGUAGGGACCCCUCCGACUUCAUUAUGGUCAUUACUUAAUCAACUCCAGAUGCUUUUGCUAUUGAUGCUUAUUGAUGAGUACACUCCUUCAGAUAUUAAUGAGUUCUUAGAAGGAACAGCCUUUGUAAUGUUCAACUUCAACUUUAUUCCUACUGCCGAUAUUCCAUUUAUUGACAUCCCAAUUGAUUGGCUGGACUUUGGAGAGCCUGGAGAGAAAAUCCAGAACCUUGGUAUUGAGUCUUUCAGCACUUUUGUCAAUAACUUCUCUCUGAUCUGCGCUUUUAUUUUAGUCACUGCUUUGCAUAUUGUGUUGAAAGUGAUUCCUUGGUUUAAAAAUAAGAACCAUCCUAACUGAGUCAUUAGAAACAUCGCAAUUAUUAGAGAUAAAGUCAUUGACAUCAUUUUCUUUGUGGCUUAUGCUCGGUUAUUAUUAGAAGCUCACGAAACAAUGGUGAUUUCAUCAGCUUUGGAGAUCAGAGAGUUUGACUCAUCUUCUGCAUCCGCUAUCAUAUCUCAUCUUAUAUCUUGGGUAUUUCUUUUACUGUGUCUUAUCAUUCCAACUUUUGCUUUGUAUUUGUUUUAUACCCACAGAAAUCGUUAUGAUCCUGACAAGAAAACUCCAACCAUGGAGUUCUUUGAAGGUCUUAAAAACAACAAAUGGUCAAGAUUUUACAGUUUCUUACUGUUGUUCAGAAGAGUCUUGUUUGUAUUGAUUGUUAUUUUCAUGACAGAUAAUGUGCACAGAGCUUACAUAUACUCAAUCUUACUUGUUUCUCAACUAGCUUACUUCGGAACUUUGAUCUAUCUGAGGCCAUUUGAAGAGAUGCAAGAUAACAUCAUUGAAUUGGUCAAUGAACUCUUCUUAGUCGGAGUUAUCUGCUACUUGUUUGCCAUGACAAGCGGUGACAAAUGGACUAAUACAGCUAUUUCUUGGUUCAUGAUUAUUCUUACCAUUAAUUGCUUGAUUGUGCUUGCAAUCAUGAUCUACUUCAUGAUUGUCAAUAUUGUAGUGAAAUGUAAAGAGUGGAGAAAGAGCAAAGAGAGCUCAUCAUUCAGCCAUUUGUCAGUACAAGAUGAACGUGCUCCAGAAACAGAGAACAGGGAUGUGAGAUCUAAAAGCAGAGCUGAAAUCUAUGAAGAGGAAGACCCUUAAAUAUU